UCUGUCUUUGUGCCUUCAACCACAGUAAAGGAGAUGGGCACCAAAGGAAGGCAGAGAUGCCAGACAUUCAUCCUGCUUGUUAGCUAACCCAAUGAUCCCAAGCAAGGAGCCUAUGCGUUUGGUAAAAGCAACUUCCUAGCCAUACGGGAAUAUUGGCGUAUCUUUGAGAACCAUGGGCUCAGUUCCUGGGGAACUAGGGUCCCAGCAACUUGAUUAUUGUCAGAUCUGGCCCAAGCCAGUAGCUUCUGAGUUCUUGUCAUGGGGAAUUUGAAGACUAAAACUGAUGGACCACACAGGGUGAAUUUUAAGAGGGAGGGAGGGAGCCAUUCCUUCUGAGUUAGGAAUGGAGCUCAGCCUUGAGCCAUCUAAGCAGCCACAUGGCAGUGGGGUCGGGGAGAGAGGCUUUCGAGACAGAGUAAGAAGCCCAGAGUGCCGCAAAGCAUGCUUAGGCUCUGACCAGUGCUGAGAAAGUUAGCCAUCCUGAGUCAGGACUCCAAAAUGUCGAGUGACCCAACAGAACCUCAUGGUGGGUGGGGAAGACAAUACUUAGGGGCAGGAAUUCUGGGAAGGAAGAGUUCAUUAUCUCAAUAAAGGGGUAAUUAUUCCUCCUAUCCCUUUAGUGGGUUUAGGAUGGAUGGAUCUACUUUGGUAGGGGUGGUCCUGUCUUCCUGAGAGGUGACCCUGUAGCCAGGUGAUUAGCCUGUCCAACCAGAUUAACUCUUUCAUGUUUUGGGUAGCUUGAAAAUGCUUAAACCCCCCCCAUACACCUCCAGACCAGAGAAAUAGCUUUCCCCAAUGGGCCACCCCAGAGUCCUAACCAAAGCUACUGAAUAUUUAACCCUGUUUCAGUCACGCAGAAACCAGGAGAGGAAUCAGCGGCUUGAAGAAUUCUAGAGGCCAUGGUGAAGCCAUGCCCACCUCCCACAGUAGAGGACACAGGGGCCAAAACACGGAGGAGUCAGGCUGGACAGCUGUGAAUGAAAACGGUCUUGCUAUGGAGCCUUGCCCAGACCGGAACUUGCUGGGUAAACGAGGCUGGCUUUGAACUCACAAAGAUCUGCCUGUCUCUGCUUCCAAAUUAAAGGUGUGCACCCCCACGCUGGCCCUGACAUUGGAUUAGAGGCCUGGGCGCUAGGUCUCGGCUGAAGGGCUGCCUCCUCCUCUGUGGCUAUGGUUGCUGUCUUCCUUUCAGAGGGAACCCUGGUUUGGGGUGGGCAAGCUGUGUUAUGGUGUCGAAAACCAGGAGCUGAAACCGAGAUACUGCGAGGUACACUUCAUUCACAGCCGGAAGAGUUCCCCUCCUCAGGAGUAGAGGGGGGUCUGGCACCACUAAGCAUGAGAAGACAGGCCAUGUUGGCAUAGAAGAUGGAUCCCUAACCCAAUGUGCAUACCCAGGAUGCCUGCAGGUGGCUAGGACUCCACCUCACCAUGGGCUGCCCAGGCUGGUCAGUAGCCCUUUAACCUGGAGAGUGUCCAUCCAUGUGGCUUCAACUCCAGCUCUUCCCUGUGGGAUGGCCAUUGGCAGAGUCCCGGAAGGGACUCAACUCUCGGGUUCCCGUUGCACCUACCUGGCUGUGCCUAGUCCUUUGGCCUCUUUCUGUUCAGUGGUUCUAUUCCUGGUUCCUAAUGUCAGAAUUAUGCAACUGUCCUCUGGAGUGGCCAAGGGCCUGAGGGGUGUGAAUGCAUCCUGGAACAUAGAACAGACUCUGGCUGCACACUGAAAGACACUGGUUCUGGUCCCCAGACAUUCACAAGUUUACUACGCAAGACAAAAAGGACCUUGCCCAGGCUCCAGCCCACAACUCCUGUUUUACAGGCCAGUCAAUCCUCGUGGGCAUCUCCUGCCGUGAUCUGGGGAGACCAUGUUCAAGUCCCCUGACUGUCUGCUGAGGAUGCUCAGGGGCACCUCCAGACAACGGGUCUUCACCCUCUUCAUUAUCUGUUUCAAGAUCACACUCAUUGUCUCCAUCAUGAUCUAUUGGCACACAGUGGGUGCACCCAAGGACCAAGGACAACAGAAUAGCCUGCCAGUGCACAUCUCCUGCCCCCAGCUGGCCUUUCCUAGCAUCCUUGCCCCAGGUAGCAUCUUCUUCCUAGAGACCUCGGACAGGACCAACCCCAGCUUCCUGUUUAUGUGUUCUGUGGAGUCAGCUGCCAGGGCACACCCAGAGUCCCAGGUGGUGGUGCUCAUGAAAGGGCUGCAUGGAACCAAGGAACUGCCUCAGAAUUUUGGCAUCUCUCUUAUGAGAUGCUUCCCCAAUGUCCAGAUAAAACCUCUGGACCUGCAGGAGCUGUUUGAGGGCACACCAUUGGCAGCCUGGUACUUGGAGAUGAAGCAUCGAUGGGAACCCUACUGGCUGCCCAUACUGUCUGAUGCCUCUAGGAUUGCACUCCUCUGGAAGUCUGGUGGCACAUACCUGGACACAGACUUCAUCGUCCUCAAGAACCUGAGGAACCUGACCAACACGCUGGGCCUCCAAUCCCGAUACGUCCUCAACGGAGCCUUCCUAGCCUUCGAACGCCACCAUGGCUUCUUGGCACUGUGCAUGCGUGACUUUGUGGACCACUACAAUGGUUUUAUUUGGGGCCACCAGGGCCCCCAACUGCUCACCCGGGUCUUCAAGAAGUGGUGUUCCACCCGCAGCCUGGAGGAGAGCCACACUUGCCGUGGGGUCACCGCCCUGCCCCCUGAGGCCUUCUACCCCAUCCCCUGGCAGGACUGGAAGAAAUACUUUGAAGACAUCAGCCCUGUGGAGCUGGCCCGGCUGCUCAAUGCCACCUACGCUGUUCACGUGUGGAACAAGAAAAGUCAGGGUACACACCUAGAUUCCACGUCCAAGGCUCUGCUGGCCCAGAUACAUGCCCGCUACUGCCCCACGACACAUGAAGCCAUGAAGAUGUACUUGUGAGGGUUCUCCAGGCUGCCUUCAUGUUAUAUCAGCACUGUGACGGCCUUUCCCAGGGAGGCAAGAUGAGGGAGCAGGCGGGAAAGAUGGCUCCGAGCUGCUGCUGCCAACUUCAGAGGAGAUCAAAGCUGGCAUGGGGAGCAUGUGCCACCUCUACGCACCUGCCCCUGCAGGCCAGGGUGAGACUGGUGGAUACAGUUUGCCCAGUGUUCUGGCCUGGCAAGUGAUGCUAGACUUAGUAGCAUCUGGGACCUUAAUGGGCUAGAUCAGCAAGCCUGGAACACGGGAGAGCAUCCUAAAGUAGCUGGAAGUCAACUGGGGCCAGGAGCAGAGCUCAGAGAAGCCUGGGUAGAAAUGCCAAGAAGGGUGGGGCUCUCCCAGCUUCCUGAGCCCAAGGGGCAGGGCAGAGCUGGCUGGGAACUCCAUCUUUCCUCCCGUAGGGCACUGCUCUGAAGAUCUGCCACAGUCCAUUCCAGUGUGCAGGGGAUUUGGAAAUUCUUUGGGCUAGGGAAAAGUGUUCUUUGGUUUGGUUUGGGUUCUGUUUGGUUUUGGUUAUUGGUUUUUCAAGGCAGGGUUUCUCUGUGUAGCUCUG